GAUCUAGGCUAGUAGUUAGAAUAUAGGUUUAGUUGAGAGAACAUGAUGAUUGUAUUAGGCCUCCUCCUGGUCGGUUCAACCCUGGAGCUGGUUGUGUCCCAACCUACUCCUGUAGUUAUCUGGCACGGGAUGGGAGACUCCUGCUGUAAUCCCGCCAGUAUGGGAUCCAUCAAGGAAAUGAUAGAGACAGAACUGGCUGGAGUAUAUGUUCACAGUAUAAUGAUCGGGAACAAUAUUAUCGCGGACAUGGAGAACGGAUUCUUCAAGGAUACAAACAAACAGAUAGAUAUGGCUUGUGAAAUGAUAGCUAUGGAUCCUGAGUUACAGGACGGAUACAAUGCACUUGGGUUUUCUCAGGGAGGACAAUUCUUACGCGCAAUUGCGCAGAGAUGUCCUAACCCGCCGAUGAAGAACCUAGUGACGGUUGGAUCUCAGCAUCAAGGCGUAUUCGGGUUCCCAAACUGUCCUGGAGAACUUGUAUUCUUCUGUGAUAUUGUCCGGGAUCUUCUCAACUACGGAGUUUACACUGACCUGGUUCAAAGUAUUCUGGUUCAAGCACAGUACUGGCAUGAUCCUCUACACUUUGAUACCUACGUUGAGAAGAGUAGGUUCAUUGCAGAGAUAAAUAAUGAGAAACCUGAGAAGAAUGCAACCUACGCCGAGAAUCUCGCUAAACUGGAGAACUUUGUUAUGAUCAUGCACUACCAAGAUACAAUGGUUGAACCAAAGGAGUCAGAGCAUUUUGAGUUCUAUGCGCCCGGGCAGGCGGAGGUCAUCCUCCCUCUUCAGGAGUCUCCGAUAUACCUGGAGGAUAGGAUCGGACUCAGAGCUCUGGAUGAGUCAGGUCGUCUUCAUUUUCUCGCUGUAGAAGGAGACCACCUCCAGUUCAGCAGACAGUGGUUUAUUGAUGAAAUUAUCAAGGUUUAUUUCUCAUAAACCUUCUCCAGGUUGAUGGCAAAACUCUCCGGAAAGAAGAAAUGCAUUAAAAAGAAUAAAGAAUGACCGUGAUUAUAAUAAUGCUUUAAAUGUGUAAUUCACAAUUGGAAUAAAAAACCAAAAAAUUCA